UUCAGCUUUAAUGUCUACCUUUUCUAUUCCUAAGAAAAGCCACAUUAGUGAGCUUGGUGGGUCUUCACAAGAAAAGCCCCCAGAAAGUGUCUAUUCGGUACUUGGGCUUGGACAACAAUUAAAACCCCAUGUAUUAGGGUAUGAGAGAACCAAUUCACUCUCACACUCUUUGAAUAAGACUAAAGAAAUAAACAGGACCUAUGUAGUUUCUGCCUGUAACAAACUGUCCAAUGCUUUACCUGCACAUACAUCAGAAGUCAAGUUGACUCUCCAAAGAUCAGCAACAAGCAAAGGAGAAUCCAGUACGGAUAAAAUUCAUGGCAGUGAUAGUACACUACCAGAAGGAAGAUUAACCCUACAGCGCCGGAUGGUAACUGGGUCAACUGAGAAGUCUAAGACCAAUAAUAUUUAUGGAGCUAGAACAGAAAAUGCCAGGUACCUGCCACAGAAAAGUAAUAAUGCUCCAUUUCCAUCCAAAGCUAACAGCAGUGAUAUUUCACUUAUUAAGGCUGGUCUUAAAGGUAGCAUGGCUGGAAAGACAAAUCCUGAUACAAAAACUGAUUUGCUUUCUAAACAUAGCAGUAAUGUUACUGGGAAUGUCACACGUUUAAAGCCCAGGACACCUGAUGCUGCCCCUUCUCAAAAUCAAAACGAGAUUUCUCCAUUAUUAUGCUUAACCAACGCAAAACGUGAUGGUAAGCCAUCAGCAUUAAAACCAGACAGAAAGUUCAGUAAACUAAGUGGAACCGAAAGUUGGCAAAAUAAUGCUACUAAAAAUGUAUAUUUAGAAAGACAGAAGACACCAAGGAAAGAUACAGCAGAAGCCCUUAAAUUGAAUGCCCAGUAUGCUUCUGUUCAAUACUCCAAGAGUCCUGCUGCCUCCGUCUUAAAAAAUAGGAUGCCUUCUCUUCAAAUCUCACAAAAGGACAGCAGCUCUGCAUUCACUCCAACAGGUAAAAUGGGGAAGAUAAAAGAAAAUACCACAUAUAUUCAACAAACUACUUCAGUUAAAGAAGACAGUGUAAAGCAGAAUGGGUGCACUAAAGACAAUCCUUUUAAAAUAGAAAAUAGUAAAGUGACUGUGGCUGUGAGAGUACGUCCCUUUAGUUUCAGAGACAAAAAUGAAGAAUCAGUUCAAGUGGUUUCUAUGGAAGGGCAAGAGACUGUUGUUCAUCAUCCAUCUACAAAACAAAUGUAUAGUUUCACCUUUGACUUUUCAUUCUGGUCUUUUGAUAAGCGUCAUAACUAUGCAAACCAAGAAAAAAUAUACCAGUCCUUGGCAAUGCCUCUUCUAGAAACGGCCUUUGAAGGAUACAAUGCUUGCCUUUUUGCAUAUGGACAGACUGGUUCUGGAAAAUCUUAUACCAUGAUGGGAUUUGAUGAUGAUGAACGAGGAAUAAUACCAAGAUUCUGUCAAGAUCUUUUUUAUCAAAUAGCAGAAAAAGAAGCACAACAGACUGCUUAUCAUCUUGAAAUCAGCUAUUUUGAAGUGUACAAUGAAAAAAUUCAUGAUUUGCUUAUCUUCAGAGCUGAAAAUGGAGAGAAGAAGCAACCUCUUCGUGUAAGAGAACAUCCAGUCUUCGGACCUUACGUGGAGGACCUGACAGCGAAUGCUGUUAGUUCUUACUCAGAUAUCCAGAAUUGGCUCCAGCUAGGUAAUAAACAUAGAGCCACUGCUGCCACUGGCAUGAAUGACAAGAGUUCUCGAUCUCACUCUGUUUUCACGCUGGUGAUGACACAAACAAAGACAGAUAUCGUGGAAAAGAAAGAACAUGAACAUAGAAUCAUUAGUCGUGUUAAUCUAAUAGACCUUGCAGGAAGUGAACGCUGCUCUACAUGUCAGACCACUGGAGAAAGACUGAAGGAAGGAGUAAGCAUAAACAAAUCCUUGUUAACUCUGGGGAAAGUUAUUUCUGCAUUAUCUGAGCAGAAUCAGAGCAGGAAGAAGGUAUUUGUUCCAUACCGUGAAUCUGUUCUUACAUGGCUGUUGAAGGAAAGUCUUGGUGGAAAUUCAAAAACUGCUAUGAUCGCCACAAUCAGCCCUGCUGCCAGCAAUGUAGAAGAAACACUCAGUACUCUUCGAUAUGCUAAGCAAGCUUGUUUCAUAAUCAACACUGCCAAAGUGAAUGAAGAUAUGAAUAUGAAAUUAAUUCAAGAAUUGAAAGCUGAGAUUGAGAAACUGAAAUUGGCUCAGAAGAAUACUCAGAAUGUUGACCCUGAAAAGCAAAGACUUUACGUGCAAGAAAUUACAUCGUUAAGAAUGAAGCUACACCAUCAGGAGCGGGAGAUGGCUGAGAUGCAAAGGGCCUGGAAAGAAAAACUUGAACAAGUAGAAAAGAAGAAGUUUGAAGAAACAGUGGAAUUACAGAAAGCUGGCAUUACAUUCAAGGUGGAUAACAGCUUGCCUAAUUUGGUUAAUCUUAAUGAAGAUCCUCAACUGUCUGAGAUGUUAUUGUACAUGAUUAAGGAAGGAGAAACUACUGUUGGGAAAUGCAAACCAAAUUCAUGUCAUGAUAUUCAGCUGUCUGGCAUCUUAAUCGCUGAUGACCACUGUGUUAUCAGACAUAAGGGUGGCAUUGUGAGUAUUGUUCCUGUUGGAGAAGCAAAGACAUAUGUUAAUGGGGAAUGCAUUUCAGGAGCUACACUUCUACAUCAUGGUGAUCGUAUCAUUCUUGGAGGAGAUCAUUAUUUCCGGUUUAAUCAUCCAGCUGAAGUUCAGAAAGUAAAGAGUUUGUCUCGUGGGACUUCAUUUCCUGAGGAUGGUCCAAAGGACUUCGAAUUUGCAAAAAAUGAAUUGCUGGCUGCACAAAGGGCUCAGCUUGAAUUAGAAAUAGAAGAAGCACGGCUGAAAGCUAAGGAAGAAAUGAUGCAAGGGAUCCAACUUGCAAAAGAAAUGGCUCAAGAAAAACUUAGUGCUCAGCAACAAAGUUAUGAGACCCAGAUAAAAUCAUUAGAAGCGCAACUGGAAGAGGAAUCGCAUAGGAAACAAUUACAGGAAAUGAAUAGUCAGAUGGCUGCAAACAAAAUUGAGGAACUGGAGAAAGCAAAGCGAGGCCUUGAGCUAGAAGUAAACUUCAACAAGAAGCGACUGGAAAUAGAAACACUGGCUGCCAGAAAGGUUUUAGAAGAUCACACGGUUCAUCAUGCCAAGAUUCUUGAAGCUCUGGAGGCUGAGAAGCAGAAAAUUGCUCAAGAAGUGGAAAUUCUUCAGCAGAGUCAGGGAAAUAGGAAUAAAGAGCCAAACUGGGAUUCUUUGAAACUAUCUGUGAUGCUCAGAGAGGCCAACACAAUCAGCAGUAAACUUGACAAGCACACUGUUUUUUGUAGACAUGAUGUAAUGGCUAAAGAAAAUGGCCUUCAAGUACAGGUCCGUAACAUCAGGCUGGGUGUUGCAACUUUCUGGAGCCUUGAGAAAUUUGAAGACAAGCUGGCUGCAAUGAAAGAAGUGUAUGAGAUGAACAGCACUGAGGAAGCUGAUGAGAUUUUUUAUGAUCCCACUGAUCAGUGGGAACCUGAUUUUUCAAAUGCAUCCAGAUGUUCCAUUUCUACAAGGAGGAGAAGUAGAAGUUUGAGAAAGAGCAAGCGAAUCUCUGGGUGUUUGUCUGGGAUAAAGAUGAAAUUGCACAAUUCAGAUGUAUCAGGGGCAACUGAUACAUUGGCCAGUCUGAUCUCAGAUCCUACCGAAUCAUUUGUACCAGGCAUUUGUAAGGAACUGAUAAGUUCAGCUUUGGAUGUGCUGGGACAGGUUCAUGAAGAAGAAAGCAUGGCACAAAGUCUUUUAAAAACUUUGAUUACAAUAUAUACUAGAGUCACAGCUAUGACAAAAGCGUAUGAACAAGCUGAAGAAAAUCCAGAGAACUUUUUCACUGUUGAUCAAGCUGCUCAAUCCUGCAGCAUUGCAAUUACAUCAGCUUUCCAACAGCUCGUUGUUCUGACUAAUCAGUGGCUGAACAAUUUCCAAAAAAAUGAUGAAUUUGUAAAAAAAUUUGAUGAACUAAGGGAAGAUGUAAAACAUUUGGGAGGAUAUCUGCAAUUGCUCUUCCAGGGUGGCUGUGCAGACUUGUCAUCAGUAGUAGCAGAGGCACAGAAGAAAAUAAUGCAAAUAUUGAAACACCUUGCUAAAUACAUAGGACAUUUGGCAGCAGUGACUGGCUCAGAUCUAUGUUUUACAACUGAAAAUAGAGGUGAUGAAAGCAAUGCAAAGAAACAGUUCGUACCAGAUAUCUGUGACGGAAUAGACUCAGGACUGAGGCACCUUUUAGAUUACAUACAGAAAACGUGCAGGACAAUGCAGAACGAACUCUCAAAAUGGUACCCACAGAAUGAGGUUCAGAAUCAAAUGAAGAAUAAAGCAACUGAAUUGGCUAAAUACCUUGAAGAGAUUGUGUCUGAGUGUAAAAAAAAUGAAGUAGCAAAUCUAUUAAGAGAAGAAGAAUCUGUUGACCAAGAGUUAAAGAAGGCACAUGAUAAAGCUACUGAAUUCUUGGAAUUACAUUAUUGCUUAGAUCAAGUUUACCAGAUGAUUAUUCAUUCAUUACAAGGUGCGUAUGGAAGCAAAAGUCCAUUCAGAUUUCUUAUUAAGAAGAUCUGCACCCUAACUGGGAAUUUCAAAGCUCUCUGCCGGCCACCUACUUUGCCUGUUAGCUCAACAGACCGUCCUCUUCAUGAAAUCCCCCAAGUUGUGAACCAGGAUGAGUUGAACUCUGUAGCACAGUCACUCAUUAUAAGUUUUGAACUUGAACAGGGACAAAAUUCAUUCCACCUUCAGGAUGGCUGUAUGCCUAACGCUCAGUCUCAAGAAAAACAACUUGCAAGAGGUGAACCUACAAACUUGGAGAAGCGGAAAACAGUUCCAAAAAGGGAGUAUAAACUUUGGUCUACCUCUGAAAACUUAGGGGAAACUUUACAUUGGGUAUAAAUUAUACAUUUAACUUGGGAUGGUAUAUGAAUUGAUUGUGGAUAAAUUAUUGCUUUACGUUUGGGAUUGAUCAGGAAGCAGUAUUUAUGUACUAUAAAGAUACUAUUUUUUGCUGUAAUGGUGUCACAAAUGAGUAUCUCAGGAGAACUAAAAUUCAACUUACAGCUAGUUCAUAUGCUGGCCACCCAAGACUGCUUUUCUGGGGGGUGCAGAAGCAAAUGCGUGUGCUUCUCCCUACAAUGCAUGUAAGGUACUGUAUGAACCAAUAGGUUUGUGCAGAUUUAAUUUUUCUCACUAAAUGGGAAAAUGCCAUGGAAAGGGGGUUUGGUCCACAAAUGUACAGACUGGUCUUGUUUUACUGCAGAUGAAAUUUGGAUAGAAAAACCUACUGUUCAAAAUUAAAUUCAUUCUGCAGGAAUACAGUAAAUUCAUUUUAAGGCCCUGAGCUCAUAUUAGAAAAGACAUAUUAUUUAACUGAACACGGGUCUUGGAUUUAUGAAUGUUUAAUGAGCUAGAGUUAUUUUAUUUACUGCUUAUAACUAGGCCAACUAUAUUCAAAAGGAUUAUUUUCCCCCCGUUUCUUUGGAAAAUGAGGGCAUUGUUAUUUAGAUUAGUGUUGUACCAUUUGCUAUUAAUGAGAAAGGAAUAUGCGGUCUUAUUUUGCAGCUAGUGUUUCCUUGACAGAAUACUGAGUGUAGUAUACAGGGAAGGGACUCGGGUGCAGUAUGUGGGAAACACACAUAAGUUUUCCCAUUUAGUAGUGAUUUCUCAACCCCACAAUGUCUGGAGGUUGCCUCAACCUUUAGCCAUGGUUUUAAAAAGCUUUUUGAAAAUUGCUUUAAAAAGGGAGAUGGAAAGCUUAUACAUAGCAUUCUGGAUCCCAGGUGAAAUGUGGGGUAAAUUUGGUGUGAUAGUACAGUCAUUUAAACACUUCCACACACAUUUUUGUCAUCUCAGGGACUAAUAUAUUUUUUUUUAAUCCAGAGGGAGAUAGUUUCUGAGUAUGGUUGCUUCCCUCAACUGGCUUUAUUUUAUAGUGUAUAUACAUAAGUUUGAAAGCAAGAGGCAUGCUGUUUUAAUUCAGUUACACUCUGUUAAAGAAUCAAGGGUUCAUCAUCAGCUGAAGACCUUAAAUGAUUCUUGUCCUGACAUAAACUAUUUUAAUGUUUGGGAAGUAAAAAUCUAUUUCUUAAAACAAAAGUAAAAAUUUUGCUUUCACACUGGGGAAAGAAAUUGCCAGAUUUGAUUGAAGCUUGACUGUGUAAUUGUGUUCAUAAUCAUGUCCUGUCUAUGUUUUCUCAAGCACUUGCACAUAUAUAUGUAAAAUGCCUGUAACAUUAAAGCUGAAUUAUAAAAUUUUUACAUGCAGUCAGAAUUUAUAGGAGUAAAAAAGUGUUUUCUUUAUAACUUAACCGUCUUAGUAGGU